ACGCCUCCCAGACAGCCUCCCCCUCCACUCACUGUACCGUUACAACACCGUGCGAUACCGUUACACUUGUGGAGGAGAAGAAGAAGGGUCUUGGGCGGGUGCCUAUUCCGAUCACACGUUCAGAAAAGAAAGGCGCGACUAUGGCGAAAACGUACGACUAUCUCUUCAAACUGUUGUUGAUAGGGGACAGCGGGGUCGGGAAGACGUGUCUCCUGUUCCGAUUCAGUGAGGACGCGUUCAACACAACAUUUAUAUCAACGAUAGGGAUCGACUUCAAAAUCAGGACAAUAGAGCUAGAUGGAAAGAAGAUCAAGCUGCAGAUAUGGGACACUGCAGGCCAGGAGAGGUUCAGAACCAUCACCACAGCCUACUACAGAGGUGCCAUGGGCAUCAUGCUGGUGUAUGACAUCACCAAUGAGAAGUCCUUCGACAACAUCAAGAACUGGAUCCGCAAUAUUGAAGAGCAUGCAUCUUCAGACGUGGAGAGAAUGAUCCUUGGCAACAAGUGUGAUAUGAAUGACAAGAGACAGGUGUCCAGAGAAAGAGGGGAAAAGUUGGCGAUUGAUUACGGGAUCAAGUUCUUAGAAACAAGUGCUAAAUCAGGCAUAAAUGUGGAGGAGGUAAGGAAGUUUUCCUGGCUAAUUGGAUCCCUGUUUUCCCUGUACAUAUUGUCAAAUUCAUGUGAUUCCCUUUUAUCUUUUUAUCAGUCCUUCUUCACGCUGGGAAGAGACAUUAUGACACGACUAAACAGAAAAAUGAAUGACAACAGCCCACCAGGAGGUGGAGGAGGGCAGGUCAAAAUCACAGAGAACCGCUCCAAGAAGAGCAACUUCUUCAGGUGCUCACUGCUCUAGGUCAGCGACCCCCUCACCCACCAUACCCACCACCCCAUCCCUCGCCCCAACACACGGACAGCAACGGCCAGUCUGCCUGCCUCAGAGUAAAAGCCCCACCCGGCCCAUCCGCCCCGGUCCUCCAGUACACACUCUGGGUUCCUGCUGACUCCGCAGAGGAGCAGGGCGUAGCGCUCUGAGGAAACGAGCAGCACAACUUCUGUUCCAGGGAGAUACACGUCGGAUAGGAAAUGAGGAAGUGGGGAUGUAGCCCGAGUGUCUCCAUGUAUUGCUUUGUCUUUUUGUUUCUCUCCGGUUGGAAGAGAGUCAUGAACCCUUGUCUUCACCGCCGUGAGAGAGGGGCGUUUCCAUUUGGUUUUGUGUCUUUUUGUAUUCAGCUAAAACUGCCUCUUUUACUUAAUCUUUUUUAAAUCUAUUUGGUGAUUUCUUUGAGGGGGUCAUUUACGAAAGGAAAAGUAAAUCACUUUGAAAAUGGCAGAUUCGAUGUACUGUCAUCUUGGUUCCGCCUUACAAAAGAGGAAAAUGCUGACACGUCUACCAUUGGAAAGUCUGAAGGAAGCCGCGGAGGGAACAAGAGACUUUUCACAGAGGUGUCAUCAUUGGACAACAUGAUGGGUCUGCUCCUUUAAUGUACCAAGGCACAGGGUCCAUUCUGAGGGUUAUCGCUCAGCAUGCCAACCGGCCUCCAAUACAUAAAAGAGCAGAUCCCUUAAUCAAUGUUAUGUGUGACACCUGUGUUUGUCUUACAAUGAUGCCUCUCUGAAAAGGCUGUAUUGGAGAGGACAUAAUAGAAAAAGGGCGAUACAUUUAAUUUUGACCAAAAAUAACAAUCUGUCCAUUUAUUGUCAUUGUUGGCAUUUUUUUUUUUUUUUAUAUAAACCUUACAUUUUUAGACUUUGCAGUAGCACCGAAGGAAAGAGUCGUUUUAAAUUAGAAAUCUUAAAAGUGUUGGAUAAAAGGCUUUACUAGUUUUGCCUUUAUUUAAUUUGGCAAUCUCAAAGGAAAUUGCCUGAAGGCACAAUGUGUGUUGAUCAAUCUGAUUGAUCAAUCUGCCCUUGUUUGCUUAAUCUGAUCCAUUGAUCUGUACGUGUUUGUGGUAUCCUAGUAUCCAGUGAAUCUUGAACGGAAGCUACCGCGAUGGGGAAUCAAUGCAAAUUUAAUUUAACAAUGUGAUGAAAGGAAAUAAUUUUCUUGAGUUUUCAAUGCAGUGUCCUCUGCUUGAAGUCAUGAAUACUGUCCGUGUAUUUUCAAAGGUUUUGGGAGACAGUUAUUGAUGCCUUUUUAUUUGAGAAUUCACAUCCACCAAUAGUUUAUUGUAGUGAAUGACUGUGGAAGAAAUGCAUUGGAUUAUUUCCUGAUCCCGAUCGUUCGUGAAUGCUAGCUUUUUAUAUGCAGCAAGUUGAACAGGAAAUCAUCUACACUGUGGUAGCGCUUUUCUAUAAUGUGCAAUACCGAAGUCUUAUGUCUUCUCUACCCCAAAACACAGUGAGAUCAGACACUGUUGAUCAGAAGUUGAAUUAAUGACCAAUACCCACAAGAUUUUCUCUGGCCUUUGUGAGCUAAGUGUGUCCUUUUUAUGCUAGAAUUUUAAAUUCCCUGUUUGAUUCCUGGACCUCCAUGAUGAGGUGUUAGGGACAUUGUAGCAGAAUAAUUCGACUUUCUCACCUCAUCCAUAUCAAGUAGCCAAUUUAUAACAAGAUCCUCGCCUAAAUCCAAACACUCAAAGGAUAAAUUGAAAAUUGGAGAAUUGGCCGGAAAAUAACAUUUCCAAUCCAUUUAUUUUUUUAUAUUUACAGAUUCAUUUAUUUAAGGGUUUACUUCUUCAAAUAGCAGCAUAAUACCCCUGCUGUGUUAAUCCUGUGUAAUAAUCAUCACGUUUUUGUCAAUACUGUAUUUAUAUAUUUUUGUAUUUCAUAUCCAACUGGCACAAUUCUUGAGCGUGCUUGUGAAACCAUAGGAAAACCACUUUCACCACCUCUGAUUAGAGAAUGAGUUCAUGUUAGUGGGUUUCUUUUUUUCUUACUUGACAAAAAAGAGGAAUGUCCUACUGCGUCUGUUUAGCUAAUAAUUCUGUUAAUGCAUCUGUGUACAGUUUACAAACCAAUGCAGCAGUAAUUGUUCUGCUGCACUUUAUUGUGUGUGUGUGCGUGUGUAUGUGUGUGUGUGUGUGUGUGUGUGUGUGUGCGUAUAUGUGAGAGUGUGUGUGUGCUCUGUGUUUGCUUUCUGACAUAAGGUGCAUCACUCAUGUUGCCUACAAAGUAACAGCAGUUGACAGUCAAUAAAUGUGUAUCAUCUGCAAGGUAUUUAAGCAAUAUCACACAAGAGGGAGUAAUGUCCUAAUGGAUAUCAGCACAGCUGUGACUCGGUCAAUACUGAAGAUCAUCAUGCAUUUCAGUAGUACAGCACGAACUUGGGUGUGAUAUCGCUUUCAUACAAAGGUCCUACUGUAUUUAAUCAUUCGUUUGGCUCCGCCGACACCAAUAGUUCCCCUGCUGGACUGGGACUGGAUUGUUACCCUGCAACACAAACAUUGCCCUUCCUACUAGUUUGCUAUUUUGAGUCGGUUUAUACGUUACGGAAGGCCAGCUACAUUUGAUCAUGUACAUUUGUAUGUUAACAUUCAUUGUGCAACCAGAUAAAAAAGUCUGAGUACUGUUAUGCUCCAUAUCAGCACUUUUGGAAUGCCUCUUGUCCAAUCAAUUUAGUUGGGUAGAACUUACUGUUGUAUAAUGAUAAAUAAUGAAGUAUAAAAUAAAUGCAAGCAAUUAAUUUCCAAAGCAGAAGUUCCAAUCCAUAUCCCCAAAUUGCUUUUUUUUUUGCAACAAUGGGACAUUUUGGGGAAUCUUUUCUCUAAGGUGUAAAAUCAUUUUGACAACAUUUCAUUGAAAAACCGAAGUCAUUCGAAAUGUGUUGAACGUAAAGAAAAUAUAAAUCUAAUCAAUGUAAAGUAGUCAGGAAAUGACGCAGCCUAUCAAUGUGUCCACUAGUUAGACUGUUAUUUUCAUUCUCAAUGGGUACACGGAUUGUGUGUUAAACUAACAGGCACCCAAGGGAAAGCCUUACCAAACUACUAUCCAUAUAGUUUGACAAGCAAAGGUAUUUGGUAAUAGUGCCUGCACAUAUUCUGUUCUGUGAUUUGAAGCGUUCCAAUGGGUUGCUGCUUCGAUGUAUCCCUGCUUUUCUUGUGAUUGUAAAUGAAAGAACAACUUUCCGCACAAUCUUAUCAACCAUGGCUGUUUUGAGUUACAUUCCGAUGCCUUCUGUUUACAUCUGAUGUACAAAAAUGCUUAAUUUGCUAGAUUGUGUGAACGGACACUUUAACCAGUGAAACCUGCUCAGUUGGAAGAGAAACAAUGAAAACAGUCAUGGGACCUUUUGUCUGACCAAUAACUUCUGCUUUCAUAAAUAAAUUUUGUUAUAAGCAUAAAA